UACCUAGGUAGGUAGGAGGUAGGUAACUUUUGGUAUGUAAGCCUUUUAGAUUCUAGGUCAUGUCAAGACAAAGUAGUAUGUUCGCCCUUUUUUUCUUGUGUUUACAUCUUAAAGAUCAAGAUCAAUACAGUUUUAUUGAGGACUCAUAUCUGAUCAAAGGAGGUGGUGUGAAUUAUGAUGAUGAUACUAAGGACGGAUCUUCGGUGGAUGUAAAUGAAUCUGUGGUCGAAUUUUGGUGGGAAGUCUGAAUUAGUUCGAUAAGACUUAAGUAUCUUUGUACCCAAGUCAAGUUCAAAGUGUGGCCUAGCUUGGUACAUGUACAAGGUACCUAUGUUAUGUAAACCGUAUGCAGUCAGGUGACCUGGUGUCUAAGAGUGUGCUAAGAGUGGGGAAAUGUGAUUUAAUCCUUUUUCAGGAUUAGGCUCAAUCAAUCGCGCAUUUUGCACGUAACAUCCGCGUACAUCCGCGUACAUCCGCGUAAAGAGUCCCUCUACCUAGUUGCCGCUUGUGUGGGAACUUGCGAACAUUAUCCUAGUUUUUGCUUCUUUUAUAUAUUUCAUUUGCUUCCAGCAGUGUGCUGAAGCAUACCUAGGUAUUUAUGAGUUCGAUGACACUUAUUCCGCAUAGGUAAUUCUGUCACGAUGCCAGCUCCGGGCGACCAGCAUAACGGCAUCGUCAACCCUUUUGAGGAGGCCAGACCUCGCAUCUCUGAAUAUACAGCUACCGAAAUCGCCACGCUACAGGCACGAUUAGAGAAACAACUUGGUCCCGAAUACCUUUCCGCCCGUAGUGGUCCGUCCGGCCAGAAGGUUCACUAUAUUGCCGCCGAGAAAUGUAUCGCCCUCGCCAAUGAGGUUUUCGGAUUUAAUGGAUGGUCGUCUAGCAUUCAGAACAUCCAGGUCGACUUUGUUGACGAAAAUCCGCAAACCUUCAAAAUAUCGCUCGGCCUAUCCGUCAUCGUUCGAGUCACGCUACGGGAUGGUACUUACCACGAGGAUAUCGGAUAUGGUCACAUAGAAAACUGCAAGGGAAAGGCGGCCGCCUUUGAGAAAGCGAAGAAGGAGGGAACCACGGACGCCUUGAAGCGCGCACUGCGGAACUUUGGCAAUGUUCUUGGCAAUUGUAUCUAUGAUAAGGAUUACCUCUCCAAGGUUACAAAGAUGAAAGUUGGCCCCGUCAAAUUCGACGAGGAUAACUUGCAUCGCCGCUCAGAUUUCGCUAAGAAGGAGCCGGAUCCUGUGAAGAUAGAGCAGCCCAAGAAUACCGCGGACAAGAAUGUCGAAAUGACGGCGCAUGUUUCUAAUCUGCUUGAUGAGGACUUUGGAGAUUUUGAUAUCGCCGACUUUGUCGUUACAGAAGAGGGCCAUCCCGACGAGGUAGUAUUACCCGGCUCUCACGCAACAAGUUCAAAUGAAAAGUCCCAAACUCUACCUCCUACUACUAGCGAUAGCGGUGACCGCAGUACACCUACUACAACAGGUAAUCCUUCAAGGCCCAUGCAGCCGCCCCCAAAGCCUGCCGCACAACCCCCUAGGCAGCCGCAAACACCUACCCAACCACAGCAACGACCAGGGGCCACUUUCCAAGGCCGCCCCAACCCGCAACAACAACCACAACAACAUCCCAGACCCGCUCCUCAUAUUAAUAACCAAGUUCAACAAGCAGCAGCUGCCAAUAGGAUAAGCACGCCCCCGCCAAACAACGCGGCCCCAGCAGAAGUAUCAUUCUUCUCGGCUCGGUCGAUCAAGAAGCUACCGGAAGACGUACCUCCAGAUGCUGCGAUCAUCACAGCACAAGGUGUUAAGCCAUUCGAUCCUCGCUUAGACAGUCCCUCGAUUCGGAAGACGCCGGGCAUAGACCACAGCUCGUCUAAGCCGUUAUCCAGGAGCGGUCAACACGUCCCUCCUGUUAAGAGAGAACAAGAGCCACAGCGCGGUCCGGCAGGUGCUCCCACCGGUGGCGGCUUCACCGGCGGGGGUGGAUCCGGUCCUGGUAGACCGGGUGUAGGAGGCGUUGGAAAUCCUGCGCUGAACCACGCGAGACAGAUCGGUGCUCCGGGAAGCUCAGGCAGUCCGCUAGGAAAUAGAAGCCAGUACCGGCCGCUAACAGUGAAACGACCGGCUCCUACGGGGCCCGAACCUGGUAAUAGGGCACCGCUAACGGAAGUGACCUCGAAUGGUCCCGUCCAGGGUGGGGGAGGCGGAGGAGUCGAUCCCAAGAGACAAAAGAUUUCCUAAUUAGACAGAACAUGGGUUGGCGUCUCGCCCUUCUUUUUCUCUUUCAGUGAUCAUGGGUUACGAUUAAGGCAAGGCAAAUGUGUACUUUCUAGGCGGAAAUGUUUGGCGUUUGGAGUAUAUCUGCUAGCUCCGGCUGGAAGAGCCGUACGACUAGAUUCGCCACUGCUAGUAUUGCGUUCAAUUUCAUGAUUUUAGACUACUAAUAUCCCAUCCCAUCGAAAUGGAUGUGGUAGCAUCGAGUUACUAGUUACUUCUCGACCGGCGACUGGCGUUCUUGAGCCAUCUAAAAUACAGCGUGACUUAUAUCUUUAAGGGGACUAAGAAGGAUCCAAUGUGGUCUGAUAGGUAGUUGACAAUUUCAGCAUUUGAGGUAUUUGUGUUGUUAUCCGAAGUGUAUGAUAUUCUAGUGGGAUGCUGCGAUAUUUGAUAGGAAGCGAAAGAUGACGGGAGAAGUGAGCAGUUUGCGGCACAGAGCCAGGACGAUCCCUCUC